AAUUACAGAUAGAAGAAGAACAAAGUGAGAAGUUGACUAACAACAUGAAGUUACUCAUCUUCCUCACAGUAACCCUGGGCACACUUGUCACGGGACUAGAUUCUGUUUAUAGCAGGAAGUACUACAAGCUGCUAUAUAAACGCAGAUCAGAUCACAAGGAUUGCCACUGUUUGAAUGGAGGAACUUGCAUUACCUAUUACCUCUUUAGUGGAAUUAGUCGUUGUGUAUGCCCAGAAGGAUACACUGGGAUUCACUGUGAACUAGACAGUGACAGCAUGUGCUAUACUGAAAAUGGAGAGGACUACAGAGGGAUGGCAACAGAAGAUGGAUGUCUGCCGUGGGACUUGCCCUCAGUAGUCAGGAGGUUUCCUUACAAUGCUUACUCAGAGAAUGCUUUGCAGCUUGGACUGGGCAAACACAGCUACUGCAGAAAUCCAAAUGGAAGGAGCAGGCCCUGGUGUUACACCAAAAAGGGGUUUGGCAUUAGAGAAACACCCUGCAACAUAGACAAGUGUGGGGCUGCAUGUGGUCAAAGAAGCAUGAACAAGUACUUCAAGAUUGUUGGUGGAAGCCAGGCAGAGGUCGAGACUCAGCCCUGGGUAGCUGGUAUCUUCCAAACCGUAAGGGGCAUGGACCAGUUCCUGUGCGGUGGCAGCCUCAUCGACCCCUGCUGGGUGCUCACAGCAGCACACUGUUUCCAUACUCCGUCAAGAAGACCACUAAACAAAUCUGCCUUCAAAGUCUUCCUUGGAAAGUCCAUACUGAAUGUUACUGAUGAUAAGGAACAAGAAUUCAUGGUUGAUGACAUUAUUUCUCACCCUGACUUUACAGAUGACACAGGUGGCAAUGAGAAUGAUAUUGCUUUGAUAAGGAUAAGGACAACUUCUGGACAGUGUGCAGUAGAAUCCAAAUAUGUCAGAACAGUCUGCUUGCCAGAGAGGAACCUUUACUUACAAGACAAUACUAUGUGUGAAAUAGCUGGCUAUGGAAAACAAGAUUUUUAUGACAUCUUCUUUGCUCAAAGACUCAUGUCAGCCACUGUGAACUUAAUAUCCCAGAGACAAUGCAAAUACGAAUACUAUGAUAGUCUAAGAGUUACUGACAACAUGAUCUGUGCUGGAGAUCCUACAUGGAAGACUGAUGCCUGCAAGGGAGAUUCCGGUGGCCCCAUGGUCUGUGAGCACAAUGGCAGGAUGCUGGUUUAUGGAAUUGUCAGCUGGGGAGAUGGUUGUGCAAAGAAAAACAAACCUGGUGUUUACACCAGAGUUACUCAAUACCUUAACUGGAUUGACUCCAGUAUGAAUGGGGUAGUGGCCAAGAGUCGUUUUCUUCCUGAACCGAAGUGA